AUGAUGUACUACAAUAUUAGGAUCUUUUUGAGCUUUGCAUUCGUCAGUUUUACUCUGACCGAAGCAUUUCGAGCAAAUCCUUGCCGAGAAAAUGAAUUUAUUAAAUUACACGAUGAAUGUGAGCCACAUUGUAACAAUCAAAAGCCUGAAUUUUGUCCAUAUAUGCGAACGACGUGGUGUAAAUGCAAUCCUGAUUUUGUAAGAAACUCAGAAGACCUGUGUGUGAAGCCUGAAGAGUGCAGUACUGACGAUCUUCCUGAAGAUCCAGAAAAUCAAGACAUUCCUGAUGAUGCUGAUGGUGAGAUUUUCAAAGUAUACUCGAAGCUUGAUAGAUAUUGUGGAGAAAAUCAAUAUUAUACGCACAAUAUCAUCUUGUGUGAACCUUCUUGCGAAUAUCCAAUACCUCAUAGAAACUGUCAAGUUACUUUAGCCGAAGGAUGUCGAUGCAAGCCAGGAUAUCUAAGAAAUUCAAACCGAGUGUGUGUAAAGCCAACUUCUUGUGAAAAUAACAUGUUAAUUCAAUUGAUUUGA